UUCAUUUCUUCUUAGAGACAGAGAGCCAGGUGCUUUCUCUGUCGCAAUGAGGUGUAAAGAAGUAGCGUUUGAAAGCCAUGCAAAGCGAAGAAUGGCCAAAGAUUCCUUACUCAAAACUCCAAUACGUGUCUAUCCAUCAACUCUCUCUCCUCCCUAUAAAUACCAGCGUCCUCUAUUCGCCACUUCACCUCAAACCAUUAGUAGUAGCCUCAAUUAAUCCUACACUCCAAAAUGGCUAAGCCUGUUUUGCUGAUCUCUCUUUCCGUUUGCCUGCUCGUCCUUUUCCAUGGCUGCCUAGCUCGCCCCACCGGGCAGUACCUGCGACAAAACGAGUGCCAGCUCGACAGGCUCGAAGCCCGAGAGCCCGACCACCGCGUCCAGUCCGAAGGCGGCCUGUUCGAGUCGUGGAACCCCAACCACGAGCAGUUCCAGUGCGCCGGCGUUGCCCUCCUCCGCCUCACCAUCCAGCCCAAUGGCCUUCACUUGCCUUCCUACACCAAUGCUCCUCAACUCGUCCACAUCAUUCGAGGAAGGGGUGUGGUGGGAACCUUGUUCCCUGGAUGUCCCGAGACUUUCGAAGAAUCUCAGCAAGGAACCAGCCGGAGAUCCCAAGAUCGCCACCAGAAGCUUCACCACAUCAGAGAGGGCGACGUACUCGCAUUACCCGCCGGAGUUGCUUACUGGUCCUACAACGACGGCGACUCACCUCUCGUUGUCGUUUCUCUAUUUGACGUCAGCAACCACGAUAACCAGCUCGACAGAUUUCCUAGAAGAUUUAACCUUGCCGGUAAUCCACAAGACGAGUUCCUUCAAAGCCGGAGGGAGGAACAAUAUAGAGAGGGAAGCCAUGAGCAGCGCCGACGUGAGGAGCAACAUCAAGAACAAGGCUCACGCGUCAACAACAUCUUCAGAGGAUUCAGCAUCGAGUUCAUACAGGAGGCUUUCAAAGUCGACUCCGAGACGGCCAGGAGGAUCCAGAGCCAAAACGACAAGAGGGGUUCCAUCAUCAAGCUUAAGGAAAGACUGGACUUGGUCCGACCAGGCAGGUCGAGGGAGGAGCAGGAGCAUGAGAUGCGCCAGGAAGAGCAGAGGCAAACAGAGAGGGAGCACGCCCGCCGACAGGGCGGAGGCGGCAGAUACAUGAACGGCGUGGAGGAGACUUUCUGCACCAUGAGGCUUCGUGAGAACAUCGGUGACCCUUCACGCGCCGACGUCUACAGCCCGCAGGCCGGUCGCCUCAGCAGCGUCAACAGCUACAAUCUCCCCAUCCUCAACUGGCUGCAGCUUAGCGCCGAGAGGGGUUUCCUCUACAGCAACGCCUUGUACUCACCACACUGGAACAUCAACGCCCACAGCGUGAUCUACGUCAUAAGAGGCAGCGCUAGGUGCCAGGUUGUUGAUGACUUCGGCCGGUCGGUGUUCGACGGCGAGCUCCGCCAGGGUCAGGCUUUGACGGUGCCGCAGAACUUCGCCAUCGUGAAGCAGGCCGAAAACGAGGGAUUCGAGUGGGUUUCCUUCAAGACAAACGACAGAGCCAAGGUGAACCAGCUCGCCGGCAGGACCUCGUACAUUCAGGCAUUGCCGGAGGACGUCAUCGCCAACGCAUACCAAAUAUCGAGAGAACAAGCAAGGAGGCUCAAGUAUAACAGACAAGAGGUCUCCAUGUUUAGGACUUCCGAAAGGAGCCCGGCUAUUGCUGCCUAAACAAUACGCCUUCUAUAAUUAUAUGUGUAUUAAGUGCUUCAUGAUGUACUAGGCACGUGUCGUCUUGGUUUUUAGUAGGGUACUUAAUUACGCCAGCGAGUAAGAAUAAUAGCUCUAUAAAGUGGCUACGUUAUUAUGAGGAGUACUU